CGGCGGUGCCGGGGUCGUGGGAGGCUGGCCUAGACGUGGAGUUGGUAGUCUCGUCCCCUUGUGCCCUCCGCCCGUCGCCCUGACUCUAGCACCCUGCGGCCAAGUAAGCGUCCCGGUGAUUUCAUACAAGUAUUCUGCUGUAUCUCGUGUCCUGUCGGCGACAUGGGAUUCUGCUCGAAAGUGUACUGGGAAAGAAACAAAACUCUAUUUGUUGUGUGAAGAAUGGCCUGGAAAAGAGAAAGAAGUGGGGGUCCAUGCAGGAAACGGUUGCAGAAGCCCAGAGUUGCGGUUUUCUUUCAGCAAACCUUUUUGGUACUUUGUGGCAGAAUGUUUUCAAACCACUGCCCAGGGCCGACCAGGAUGCUGAGUGACCCAGGUGUCUGGGUGGAGACCUGAGCUGGGAGAAGGAAGAUGCUCCUGGAAGGAGCUUGCAGCUGAUAGCAGCAUGGACAAGAAAACCCAGGAUGGCAGCAGAGGCCCCCGCCACAGAUCACUGCCCCCAGCUGUGGGGCUGCUGCUGUCCAUGGCACUCAUGAACGCACUCCUCUAUCUCUGCCUUGACUGGUUCUUCGUCGCCCCUCCGCGCUCUUCUCCAGUCUCCACCCACUGUCCCUAUGGACACUUCAGAAUGGCACAGAUGAAAAACUGUUCACCGUGGCUGUCUUGUGAAGAGCUGAGGACCGAAGUGAGGCCACUGAAGCGCAUUGGGGAAGGAGCUGUGAAGAGAGUCUUUCUCUCUGAGUGGAAGGAGCGCAAAGUUGCGCUCUCACGGCUCACCAGCCUGGAGAUGAAAGAUGAUUUCCUGCAUGGGCUGCGGAUGCUGAAGAGUCUACAGAGUAAACACGUUGUCACCCUGCUUGGCUACUGUGAAGAUGACAGCACCAUCCUCACUGAAUAUCACCCCUUAGGCUCCUUGAGCAAUCUGGAAGAAACGCUGAACCUUUCCAAGUACCAGAACGUGAACACGUGGCAGCACAGGCUGCAGCUGGCUGUGGAUUAUGUCAGCAUCAUCGACUACUUGCACCACAGCCCCCUGGGCACACUGGUCAUGUGCGACUCCAGCGACCUGUCCAAGACCCUGUCCCAGUAUCUGCUGACGAGUAACUUCAGCCUUGUGGUGAACGACCUGGAUGCCUUGCCCCUGGUGAACCGCAGCUCCGGGGCGCUUGUCAAGUGUGGCCACAGGGAACUGCAUGGGGACUUCGUGGCUCCAGAGCAGCUGUGGCCGUACGGAGAAGACACACCUUUUGACGACGAUCUCAUGCCCCCCUAUGAUGAGAAGAUUGACAUCUGGAAGAUUCCAGACGUCUCUAGUUUCCUCCUGGGGCACGUUGAAGGGAGUGAUAUGGUCCGAUUUCAUUUGUUUGAUAUUCAUAAAGCAUGUAAGAGCCAGACUCCUGCAGAAAGACCCACUGCUCAGGAUAUUUUAGACACUUACAAGAAGGUUUUGAAUUUACUCAGAGAUUCUGUGAUGUCUCAGACAAGAGAAAUGCUCUGAAAGCCAGUCCUAGCAGUGAAGGAUGGCUUUUAAGGAACAGAUAGAAUAGUUCCAGCAAUUCUUGCCCUGACAGUGAGGGUUUUGCUGUUCAGCCCUGUGGUUUUUCCUCUACAUCUACACGUACAUGUGAGCGUUGUUUAUCCCCAGGGGACUUGGGCAGCAAUUGCUGAGGCAAGCUGGGUUUGGUUUGAGUCUGGCCUCACUCUCAAUGGGGAUCACGCCCAGCCAAAGAUGGGCAAAGCAGUGAAUCUAGCCAGAUCCGAAGGAAAUAACAAAACUAGCCACAAAGAGGCUUCACCUACCCUAAUUACUGAAUUUGUAAGCUUUAUAAGAACUGGGUAUGGAAAAGAUUUCUAAAUGACAGGAUAUGAAAGAAACAUGCAGUAGUUUGCCAAAGAAUUUUUCUUCCUCAUUUUUUUAGAUGGUAAUUGACAUUACCAGGGUCAUAGGAGUAUUUGUGAUCUGUUUCACAUGGUAUUGAUGAAGCCAUCUUUAGCAUUUUAAAUGAUCGUUUAAAUGUUUAAUGAAUGUGAAGCUCUUGUGCCAUCCUCUUUCCAUAAAUCUGAAGAACUAUGAUAGCGUGCCCUCUGAAGUUUUAAAUGGAUGAGGAAUAUUUAGAAAAGCAAAUAUGAGGGAAAUUACAUUGAUGUUAACUGCCUUGGACGAUGCUUAUGAAAUUCCUGCUGACCUUUCAGCUAGGUUUUCUGUGUCCAAAAUCAACAAUUUUUAAAAAAGAUUUUAUUUAUUUAUUCAUGAGAAGCACAGAGAGAGGGAGAGAGGCAGAGACACAGGCAGAGGAAGAAGCAGGCUCCAUGCAGGGAGCCUGAUGUGGGACUCGAUCCCGGGUCUCCAGAGUCACGUCCUGGGGCUGAAGGCGGUGCUAAACUGAUGGGCCGCCAGGGCUGCCCCAAAAUCAACUAUUAUGAAAAAUUUACAUCAACAAUAUCACUCAUUACUGGAAAGUGGCAAACCCUUCCACUUGAGUUGCAUGAUGGGAUCCUUUAGAAAGUUCUUUCUUGGUGGCUAUGAUCCUCAUGUGCAGAGGAUGGUGGAUUUGGUGUGUAUUAAUCACCACUAAUAAAGUGGUUAAAGUUGACAUUGAGGGCUAAACAUGCCCUGUAGCAGCUGCUGCCUCCCUUGAACUUGAGCAAGUGUCAGAAUCACAAGGCGCUGGGUGCACGCGCCCCCCCCCCCCCCCCCCCCACGACUCCAACUCAGUGGGUCUGACGUAGAGUCUGAGACGUUGCAUUUAACUGGUGCUGCUGGUCUUGGAACUCUAUUUUCAGAGCCACUGUCCUAACCAGUUAGGGAGGGUACCACAAACAGUAGGAUAGGGCAGUUUAAUUAGUAUUGUUAAUAUUCUAGUCUACCUCUUGGGCUGAUGGAGUCAUAUGGUGGAUCUGAGAAUAUGCUUGCCUGGAGUAUUUUAACUGUAACUUUUUGUUACAAAAACUCUGCCACAGCCAGUCAGGAUGGCUGUAAUCAAGAGGAUGGGUGAUAACAAGUGUUGUUGAGAAUGUGAAGAAUUGGAACACUCUACAUUGCUGGUAGAAAUGUCAUGGUGCAGCUACUUUGAAAAACAAUCCAGUAGUCCCUCAGAAUUUAAAAAGAGUUGCCAUGACCCAGCAAUUCCAUUCCAGGUAUUUACCCAAGACAAUUGAAACAUGUCUACAAAAAAUCUUGUACACAAACAUUUGUAGCAACAUUCAUAAUAGACAAAAGAUGGAAAUAACCCAGAUGUUCAUCAGCUGGUGAAUGGAUAAAGAAAAUAUGGUAUCCAUACAAUAAGAUAAGAUUCAGCUGUAAAAAGGAAUGAAGUACUGACAUACUCCAACAUGGAUGAGCCUUGGAAACAUUCUAAUUGAAAGAAGGCAGUCACAAAAGACUACAUUUUGUAUGCUUCCAUUUAUAUGAAAUGUCCAGAACAGACAAAUACAUACAAAUAGAAAGUAGAUUAUUGGUUGCCAGGGGCUGGCAGGGGGGCCAGGCGUGAUGAAUGGGGGGUACUUGCUAUUGAGUACAGAGUUUCUUUUUGGGGUGAUGAAAAUAUUUGGAAAUUAUUUAGUGUUGGUUGUAAAACUCUGAAUAUAUUAAGUAACUGAAUUGUAUAAAAGGACAAAUUUUAUGGUAUGUGAAUUACACCUCAAUAAAGCUGAGGGAAAAAACCCACCUCUGUAACAAG